UACACACAGAUACAUGUACAUACACAGAAAUACACACACACAGACACGUGUACACACACACAGACAGCUGUACAUACACGCAGACACAUGUACAGAUACACACAUGUACAUAUACUCAGACACAUGAACCUCUAUAAAAAGUUGCAGUACUUCGUUGUUCACUCACAGAGCCGGGUACUGCACUCUAGGGGGAGGCAGAGAGCACAGCACACACUCCUUCCUUUGCUUUCACUGCACUCAGCUAUUGAGCAGUUUGAUGGCUCCCAGUGCCAAUGACAGAUCCGGCCUGAGCUCCGAGCCUGCUCAGCAAGACGGCCCUGGGGGACACACUCGCCCCCCCCACCAUAAUCUCCACUCGCUAUUGGCGAGAAGGCGAGUGGAAAUUUCAAGGCCUGGGCUGAGGAUACCGCUUU